CAUGGUUUGCUUGCACAUUUCAUGGCAGACGCCGCACGUGUUAGCUUGAGAGCACGCCAUGGAGACCAUGAAGCUCGACAACAUCUUUGAUGCAGUAGUAAGCUUGGGUCCAAACUGCUUGCCCGCGUACCGGAUCGCCAAGGCUGGUUUCAAGCGUCGAUCCUUUCCAUUUGAUGUGCUCAUGACGGGCUGUGAUGGCUGGACCUGCGAAGAGUCAACAGUUCAUUCAUCGCCAGUCGGACUUCAGCUGGUAGUAGAGUCAUUGAAACGAGAGCCUCCUUUCCUUGACUUUGUGUCAACCAUGACCCCGUUGCCACACAUCAACGCUGUGGGAAAUGCUGGCUUUACCGACCCAGAGUUCAUACCAUCAGCGCACAUCCACGAUGACCCUCGUGAGCCCGCGGUUGCAGAGACCUACCAUCGAAGAGCACAGCGCUUUCUGGCGCUGUUGAACUCUGGAUAUCGAGUUCUCUUUCUUUACACGCUUAGGCUGCGAGAGUUGAGCAGUGCCAAGCACUUCAUGAACGUGGCAAAACGCCUCCCAGUGGAAGCAGCACGCCUAAGGGCACUGCUAAAGAGUCGUUGGCCUCAAAGCAAGAGUGCUUUGCUUCUGGCUGUGCUUGGAGAGCUUCCACCCGUGCCAGCAGCCCAAAAGGCCCUUGAGGCUUGCUUGAGCCGACUGGACAAGAUCAAUGAGACCGAUGUGUGGAUCAUCACUCGCCACAUUGCUGAUCUUCCAAAAGUCGCCGGUGAUCCUCUGGCAGGCUUUUGGGGGGAUGAUGAGGCAUGGGCAGAUCCUUGGUGGACAGACCGUGCUCAGUUGGUGCGUUUUGAUGCACGUUAAAGUCAGUCACGACCUCAAAGAUGGUCAACGUGACCAAGAUCACGCAAGCCAGCCGAUAGGCCAGGUUUAACACGACACUCUUUUUGGCCUUUUUUUUGCAUGAUUUGCAUUUUGAGUGUAGUUGUGGGUAGGUUGAGGG